GGACCCCCAUUAGACGGAGGAGCAGUUCCAACUAGUGAUGGACGAUUUCACUAAAAUACAUAGUCUGCCUCACCCUAAAGGAAACAGCUUAAGAAAGACAGAUACAGCUGUCUUGAAAUGUCCUGCCAGGGCGGAGCACAUAGGACCUGCCACACCUCAUGGACUGAUUACAAAAGAGCUAGAGAGGAGAAUUAAGCUCCCUCAGGAUUUAAUAACCUUUAUUAAAUCCAGCAAUGCUGUUGGUAAGUACCAGGCACUCUUCCAGCAGCGCUUCAGAAAUCCUGUGUUCAUGGAGGUUGAGUCGGACUUCGCUCUGUUCAGUAUGUACCCUCAUGACCUGGAUGAAGCUCAGGCAGCAGUGGUGGGGGACCUGAGUGUGGAGAUCGAGAAGCUCCAAGGUGCCGCUACUGUACCUCCAGAUGCAGACAGAAUAAAAGAAACCCUCAUAAAAGCCAAGAAGGAGUUAAACCGUGAUGAGCUCAGGGUGGACUUCAGCUUCAUUCCCGGGCAAAGUGCAACCACAGUGGCCAAAGUGCGCCUGGUGGGCUACAUCGAACAUGUGAAGAAGCUCAGAGAUGUUCUUCAGGAUUACUUGUUGAAUCAGGUUUCUACUAAAGAAGUGCUCAACCUGGAGCAUCCUGAAAUGGUGGACUGCUUUGAUAAAAUCCUGGAACUGAUUAGCUUUAAGCAAACAAAGGUUACAUUGAAAGCUUCCCUUCUUCUAAACCCGUGUGUAGCUAUCUCUGGUCCCCGCUGCCACGUCCAGGAGGCCCACAAGGCUCUUAGGUCCGGCCUAGCCAGUCUGACUUUAAAAAAGGUGAUUUUAGAUGGUCCAGGAGCUCUGCGUUACUUCCAGGCAGAAGGUAGAGUGAGCAAGGAGCUGGUUGAGAGCUCUUGUCAGGUUCUUAUCAAGGAACGACAAGUGUCAGUUCCAAGACAAUUUGCUACUUCAGCUGCGAGCCUUCUUCACACCAGUAACACCAAUCAGCGGUCCUCUUUCCUGUUUGUGGGUCUUCAAAGAAAGCAAGUCGAUGAGGCCAUAACAAAAAUUAAGAAUCUGUACCAAGCUCACAGCUCCACAAAAACCUUCACUUACCACGAUCUGGUAGACCUCACCCAGGACGACAUGAAGGGUUUGAUGAACCUCGUAGAGACUCAUGGUCUGUAUGUACACGAAGACCCCUCCUGCCAGGGAGGCUUGACGGUGAGCGGGUUGAAAGCUGGGGUCAACCAGGUGGAGCAGAUGCUCCGAACCAUCACUCCUCUUAGGAGAGAAAUGAGAGUCAAAGAAGAAGAAAAUCUUUACUCGUCUGUAGCUUGGUGUAUCCUGGGACAGAACGGCAGCUGGGAGAGGCUCCCUAAAACAGCCAAUUACGAUCUGGAAAAGCACAACAUCACAAACGGCAUAGUGGAUGUACUGGGGCUCACAUGGCAUGUGAAUGUACUGAAGAUGGAGGCCAGAACAGAUUUAUACAGACAGAAGGCCAAGUUGAAACGACUUGAAAAUUUGCCAGACUUAACUUUCCCCCUGUACUGGGACAGCAUGUCUAGUAAUGAAGAUUUUAAAGAAGUGCUUCUGGAUCCUUCGUCUGCAGAAUACCAGACCGUCCAGCAGCAGUUCAGCAGAACUGCCAAGAACACCAUCAUGAAGAUUGAGCGGGUACAGAACAUUCACCUGCGCCGUGGGUACGAAAUGCGAAAGAAAGAAAUCUCUGAAAAGAACAAAAAUGAAGGUGGAGCGGGCGAACGGCUCCUGUACCACGGAACAAGCCAGGAAAACCUUAAGUCCAUCAAAAACAAAGGGUUCAACAGGAGCCUUUCUGGCAAGCAUGCGACUCUCUACGGUCAUGGAACCUACUUUGCUGUAAAUGCCAGCUAUUCAGUGAGCUACGCACCUCCAGCAGCAGAUGGUACUCGAACCAUGUUUGUGGCCCGAGUCCUGACGGGCCUCUACACGCUGGGUCGCAGCGACAUGAAGGUGCCUCCACCUCGCAGCAGCCAGCAGACCCAUGACUGCUAUGACACCUUGGUGGAUCGAACGGACAGCCCCAGCAUGUUUGUUGUGUUCCAUGAUUACCAAGCUUACCCAGACUACCUCAUUACCUUUCACUAAGUAAUCAUUACAUGCUCAGUACUCAGGGUGUGGAUCCUUAACCCUAUUGACCACUUUAUAUCUUGGCAGUUUUCUUCCUUCCUAAAACUGACCUGGGUUUCGUGCCCAGCCUGUUUCAGCUUAUUCCUUCCUUGGAGACGUACUAUACGUACUAGGAGAACUGAAGAUUUCAAGUAGUUAGACCUGAGCACUGAAGGCCGGGCUGAGGCCAGAGUUCUUGUUGAUAGCUGCAGCGAUACCUUUAACAAAGAUUAAAGGCGUUAUCUCACUGCAAUAAACCUCAUUCAGUGUCUUUUUGUAUUUCUCAACUA